ACCUUUCCCUAGUUGUUUAUAUGAUCGUGGGUACAACUGUGCUCAAGUAAUCGCAAUCUAGUUAUCAUUCGAAAGCCACCAUCCAGAGGUUAGAAAGCCAAUAUUCCCUACUAAAUAAAAUAAAACCCUAUUUAGUUAUAUUCCAAAGUAUCCAAAGCUAACGAAGUAAUGAUAUAUAGUUCACUACCGUUGUACAUAGAAAUUAUUAAAAUGAAUAAUGUCGAUGUCUAUCUAGACUCGUCUUGUUAUCGAAAUAUCAAUUAUCUGUGCCUGGAAACGAUGAUUCUUAGUACGUGUAUAAAAAAUGUGAAGCAAUAAUAAUAGAAAAUGUCUUGUUACAUAUGUAUGUAAACAUUACGCAAUAAGCGGUUUCCAGGGGAAACGAAUCUGACGGGACACCGCGAAAAUUGUAAAUCGAAUUGUGAUCGUAACUUCUCUUCUCAGAACGGUGAUUCCAGUUUUGUUUCAAGUGUAAUUGAGUCCUGUGUGCGAACCUAGUGACCGUGUCUUAUCACGGUUGGAGAUUUUACCCGUGAAAUGUCAAAAUGGCGUCUUCACAGGACGCUUGGUAUCUGUCGUUGUUAGGACUAGCAGAAAACUUUCGAACCUCGAGUCCACCGAAUAUCAAGUCAUGCAUACAGUGUUUACAAGCGGUCUUCAAUUUUAAACCGCCUCCAAGAGUCGAAGCACGCACCCAUCUUCAACUUGGUAACAUCCUUCUUACGCAUACCAAAAACAUCGAUUUGGCGCGGUCUCAUUUAGAACAAGCGUGGCGAUUGAGUCAGAAUAUAAACACUUUUGAUGACGUUAAGUUUGAAGCAGCAAGUGUGGUUGCUGAACUGUAUGAGCAACAGCACCAAUCAAAUCUAAGUAAACCUAUAUUACGGAAGGCUAUAGAACUUUCUCAACACAAUGUGUAUUGGCAUUGCAGACUUAUUUUCCAACUUGCACAAAUACAUGCAUCAGAAAAAGAUUUUGUCGCAGCUAGUAGUCUACUUGCAGUGGGUGUUGAUUAUUCUCAUAUCAGUAAUGCAAGUUAUACAAGAGUUCUAUUCUUAUUGAGCCGAUGUAUGCUUUUAUUAAUAGACAAAAAGUUUACUGAGGUUCAUCCGCUUUUAAAUUCAGCUGGACACCAUGUUGAAAAUUGGCAGGGUAGUCCACAUCAAAAAGAGUAUUUAAAAGUAUAUUUUUUAGUGCUUCAAGUUUGUCAUUAUUUAAUGGCAGGACAAGUUAAAAGUGUGAAACCUUGUUUAAAGCAAUUGCAACAAAGUAUACAAACCAUAAUGUCUCCUAGUUGGCCACCAGAUGAAAUAGUUACGGGUUCUAAUAUUGGAGAUAUGUUUAUAUGGAUGCCAAAGGACCAUUUAUAUGUUUUGGUGUAUUUAGUAACAGUUAUGCAUUCAAUGCAAGCUGGUUAUAUGGACAAAGCUCAGAAAUAUACAGAUAAAGCAUUGACUCAAAUUGAAAAGCUCAAAAUUGUUGACAACAAACCUAUACUUUCUGUUUUUCAACUAAUGUUGUUGGAGCAUAUAGUAAUGUGCAGACUAGUAAUGGGAAAUAAAAGUGUAGCUCUUGCAGAAAUUUCUCAAGCUUGUCAGCUUUGUAGAAGGCAGCCAAGGUUACUUCAAGGUCAUAAGCCACAAUUGCAUGCUUUAUUGGGACUAUAUGCAAUGUCUAUGAAUUGUAUGGAAGCUGCGGAAGCACAAUUUACUGCUGCUUUAAGAACAUCACAAGAAAGGGAAUUGUGGACUUUCGCGAAUUUGAACUUGGCAAUAGUAUAUCUUAGGACAAAGAGGGAUGCUGAUUUAGGUGCUUUAUUAGAACGAAUAAAUCCCGAGUCUUUACCAUCUCAUUCACACUCUUUAAGGGCAGCAGCUUAUUAUGUUCAAGGUCUUCAAGCGUUUUUUGGAGCGAGAUACAACGAAGCAAAGAGAUACCUCCGGGAAACUCUAAAAAUGGCCAAUUCUGAAGAUUUAAACAGACUCACGUCAUGUAGUCUCGUACUUCUUGGACACAUAUUUCUUUCUUUAGGAAAUAGUAGAGAGUCCAUGAACAUGGUUACUCCUGCGAUGCAGUUAGCUUCUAAAAUACCUGAUGUUCAUGUACAAUUAUGGGCUACCGCCAUACUUAAAGAUUUGUAUAGAAUUUGUGGAGAUCCGAAUCGCGAAAGUGAAGCAUAUCAAAUGCAUUGCACGUUUUCGCAAACACUCUUGAAAGAUCAUUUUCAAAGUACACAGAUGGGCGAACAUAAUCUUAUACAGUGGACUGAUGGGCCUGUGCCUGCUUUACCGAGUAAUCCACCACCUUCAACGUCACAAGCAAUUCUUUAAUAAUAUUCAAAAACUUGAUAGUUUGUAUAUUCGAAGCGUGUAAACUAUUUGAUGGAGCACAGAAAAGUGUUAGGUUUGUACAAUUUGGUUAUCGAAUUAUAUAGUGAACAAUAAAAUCAGAGGUAAUAAUAAAAGCAUGAGUCUCUCUUAAACGAGAGAGUGAAGUAGGUUGAAUCACAAACAAACUAAUUAAUUGCGAUUAAAUCGAAGAGAGCAAAAAUUUAAUUGUUCAAUGUGGGUAUUAAAUGAUGUCCACAAAAGCUCAUUGUUUAUUAUCUAAAUAUUUUCGGGUAACUAAAAAUCACACAGAAUUUCAUUUGCAGAGUUUCAUAAAGAUUAUAUAUAUACUAUAAGUUUGUACAAACAAUUUAUUGUAGUCGUUUUCUAUGUCACAGAGAUACACAAAAAAAAGUGAAAAGAUGUAGAAAAUAUUGAUAUAUUUUAUUAUUUUGUAAAUUGUAAAUUAUCUCGAGACUUUUUUCCUCAUAAGUGUAAAUCUGCAAAGAAGAAGAGAGAAAAGUGGCAGUACUAUCGCUCCAAGUAUCAAAAUAAUUAAAUGCAUUUUUCAAUGUAAUUAUCAUACCAUUGCACAAAUACUAUUUUAAAAUUAACAUAAAGUUUAAUUUAUGCUAUAAAAGUGAUAGAUUUUGAUACGAAUGUUAAGAAAUAUUUGUUGUUGGUGCUAAAUUAAAGGGCACAUUAAAAUGCAUUAAUAAUUUAAGUCUUGGAAAAUCUUAUUUGCCACACGGAGAACAAUAUUUCCAGCCAAAUCAAUUUUUCUUUAUAUCUUAGUUGCUCUCUGUAAGUAAUUUAUCUAAAUUUGACAUCCUAAGAAUAACCUAACGUUAUUAUUUUGUAACUUACAUUGAUUUUAUUCACAUAUUUUUUAAAAUUUAUAAUUCAUACAACUUUUUAGGUUUACAUAGCACGUUGGCAAGUAUGUUUUGAAUUAAAUUUUAAAUCGAGACUGAUAAAAUUAUUAUAAUAAAGAACUAGAUAAAUAUGGAUCAGAGAUACGAUACGUGGGUGCAUAUUUCAGAGAUUAUGAAUUUGUACAUCUAUGAAGAUAAAUUUAAAUAAAAUUGAAACAUUUCACGAAAAUAAAGAAUUGGAUUUGGUAAAAAUGAAGAAAAUAAGAAUAAAAUAUUGAUAAUAUUUCCAACGUACUAUGCUCUUCAAUGACCAAAGUAGGCUUUUAAAAUUCGGGCUGUGGACACAACAGAAAUAAUUGUAUGUUCAUAAACGUGUACCCUUUACAUGUGGGGAAAUAUGUUGAUAGGUACAAUAGGUUGCAAAAUGUUCUUUGAGAAACAAAAGAAGUAUCGUACCUAUCGUAUGCGUGGUGCGUAUCAGUUGAUGUGUUUUUAUCCAACAAUGUAUGUAUAUAAUGUAUAAUUAAAAUAAACACAAUCGUAAGUAGUAUUAGAUAGAGCAAUAUAUGAGAAAGGAAGAAAAAUAAAGGGGCCUUACUAUGUGGUAAGCUAAAUGGCAAAGACGUUCCGCCUAACUUUGCAUUGUUUUUAAAUUAAGAUAUUGUACAUAUUUUAAAUAGCAAAGAUAAUAAAGAGUAAAACAGAGAAAAAAAUAUAACAAGACUACAUACCUGUAAAAAAGUACUUUAUCGUUUUUGUGUAUUUAUGUAAUCAAUAUGGAAAUUAUAUUAUUUGAAUUAAUACUGUCA